AGUCAGUCGCUAAGCACAGUUCUUUACAAUUAGCAGUUACAAUACUUAAGACUUAUAUUAUAUUAAGACUUAUAUUAUUAUUUAUUGUAAAUUUCCAUCACCGAUUUUAUACUAAAUAAAUCAAUUCGUAAAAGAGAAGAAAAGUGUGCGGAAUACCAAGCAUCGCUUAGCCCUAUUAUUCCUCAGCUAUCGUUAGCAAGAGAAAACCAAUUCAAGGAUCAGUACCAGAGUCAGGAACACACGAAAGAAGUAUAGACGCGAGGAACGAUAUUCGGAGCCUCUAUCAUCGUUUCAUCGAAUAAAUCAAUUUGGAAGAGUAGAAAUGAUGAAACCGCUGUUAGAAGAGUAUGAUCAAGAAGUGGCCCUUGAUUCAACAGUUGGAACAUCAACUAUAGAAUCGUCCGUCGAAAUAAUCGACAAUCUUACACCUAUUCAAAAGUUUUACGACGAUGAAAGUGUAUUUUUAACUGGCGGAACUUGAUUCAUGGGAAAAUUAUUAAUCGAGAAAUUGUUAAGAGGAUGUCCUGGCAUCAGAUGCAUUUAUAUUUUGAUACGUUCGAAAAAAGGGAAAAAUGUUCUUGAACGCUUGGAUGAAUUUAUGGAAGAUUCGUUAUUUUCCAAGUUGAGGAAGGUAGAACCAAAUUUCCGAAAACGAAUAGUCGCGAUCAAGGGAGAUUAUAGCUUGCCAAAUCUCGGUAUUUCCAAAAUUGAUAGAGCUACACUCAUACGCGAAGUAUCAAUUGUUUUCAAUGUCGCCGCGACCGUGAGAUUCGAUGAAGCAAUGAAAGCGGCGGUAGCUAUUAACGUCCGAAGUCUAAGGGAUUUGAUAAAUUUGUCCAAAGAAAUGCCGAAUUUGAAGAGUUUCGUCCACGUAUCCACGGCUUAUGCCAACUGCCUUUACAAUCAAAUCGAGGAAAAGAUUUAUGAUCCACCGAUAGAUGUUGACAAAUUACUUAACGAUAUUACACCGCAUUUACUUGGAAGAUGGCCAAAUUGUUAUGUGUAUACGAAAUCACUUGCUGAGAAUGUGGUAAAAAAGCAUGCUGACUCUAUACCGAUUGGAAUAUUUUGUCCUGGAAUUGUGAUAUCCACGUAUCGAGAACCUAUUCAAGGAUGGGUAGAUAAUAUGUACGGACCUAUAGGAAUUACAGCAAAUGUUUUAAUGGGAAUAAUGCGAAUUCAUCAUUGCGAUGUAUCGAUGAAAGUGAACUUGUUCCCGGAGAUCUGACGAUUAAUGGAUUAAUUCCUAGUGCCUGGGCAUUGCUAAUAAUCUAAGAUCCGAUGAUAUUCCCAUUUACAAUUACAUAUCUGAAGAUAAUGUAAUCACUUACAACAGACUGAAGAAAAUAUUAUUUAAAUACGGACAAUUAAUGCCGUUUAAGGAA